UCACUAUUCACUUAUUCACUAAUGUUUUGCUUUGUUUAGGUUAGAUUUGUGUUUUGUUAGAUAUUACUAAUUUUACUAUCUAGCUAAUUAUUUAUUGUCAUUAUUUUCCAAUUAGUUACCAGUCAGUACCGUUGUUACUUAUAGGUUUGCCUUGAGAAAUAAAUUAAGAUGGAUAGCAGUGAAACUAAACACAAAAAAUCUAAAAAGAAUUUGAGAAAAAGGUUUACUGACUCUGAUGAUCAUAGCUCAAGUGAAGAGGAUUGUAGUGUAAUGUCCCAGCUGGAGGAAUUAAAGUCACUUCAGAAGCUGCGUGGAAGACCAAAUGGUGUGAAUAUCAUUAGCCUGGCUCUCGGUCAGAAAGUUCCUGAAGAAGAAGAAUGUUUUGUUAAUGAUCCUUUUAAAGUAAAGUCUGGAGGUCUGGUAAACAUGUCUGCCCUGAAGAGUGGAAAAGUAAAGCAAGUGGAUGAUGCAUAUGACACUGGAAUUGGCACUCAGUUUUCUGCUGAGACUAACAAGAGGGAUGAGGAUGAAGAAAUGAUGAGAUACAUUGAAGAGCAAUUGUCAAAGAGAAAAGGAAAGCAGGAGGCUGAGGAGGAGAGGCGGACAGACGAGAGCAAGUACUGCUCCCCUGAAGAAGCAGCUUUGCAAGCUGUUCCCACACACCUGAGAGCCUCUUCCACCCAGAGGUCGGAAGAGAUGUUGAGUAAUCAGAUGCUCAGCGGGAUACCGGAGGUAGAUUUGGGAAUUGAAGCAAAAAUACGUAAUAUCGAGGCAACAGAGGAAGCCAAGCUCAGGUUAAUCUGGGACAGGCGUAGCAAGAAAGAUGGGCCCUCACAGUUCGUUCCUACCAACAUGGCGGUCAACUUUGUUCAGCAUAACAGAUUUAACAUGGAAGAGGCGGGACCACCAAAGCGCAGAGACAAAACUGAACCAGACCGGAAGAAGCCGAUGUUUGUUGAGAAGAGAAGUAGGGAGAACGGAGAGAAAGCUACGGAUGAUUAUCACUACGAGAAGUUCAAAAAACAGUUCAGAAGGUACUAAUGUAUUCCAAAUUGUGGUUAAAAGAGAAAAACCAUGGACUGAAAGAACAAGCUUGUAUCUAAAUUGUAUGAAGGAAUUUGUAAUGGUAGCCAUGACAUCUAAAGUGUGGAGAAAAAUAAUAGCCAAUUGUAUUGUAUAUAUUAGAAUUAAAGAGCUAAAGUGUGGUGAAAAAUAAUAUCCAGUUGUAUUGUACAUAUUAGAAUUAAGGAGCAUGUUUCAGUUAAACUUAGGAAUUGUAAAUUCAAGUAAAGAUUGAACUAAAUUUUUCAUAUAAGAAUGAGAAUUUGUUCUGUAUUUUUCAUUAACCCUUUCCGCUCGGAUGGGCAGCAGUGCUGACCAAAUAUGGCUUCUCGUAGGCUCGUAUUAUUUUAGUGUGUACUGUCCACUCAGAUCGGAUGGGCAGCGGUGCUGUCCACUAUGGCACCUGCGUGCA